UUUUUUUUCUCUCCCCUUUCGCGUAAGCUACAUCGUGUGUUCGCUCGUUUGCGGAUUCAAACUCUCUUUCACAUGUUUAGUUCAGUGUUUAAAAUUCUCGAUUAGCGCAACCAACCCCCCCGUCCGCGCCGCAGCCACCGAGCAAAAUCGAAAGACAAUUAGUCCGCAUCGUAAAUUUGCAUUUGCAUUGAAAUUGGGUGCGUGUCGGCGACUACUUAACCCACGCACACACACACACGCACGCUGCGGGAUCCUCGUUUCGAUUUGAAUUGCGUCUGAAAACAAAAAACGAUCCAGCAAAAUGUCUGACCGCAAAGCAGUGAUCAAGAAUGCCGACAUGGGCGAGGAUAUGCAGCAGGACGCUGUCGACUGCGCCACGCAGGCGAUUGAAAAGUACAAUAUCGAAAAGGAUAUUGCCGCGUACAUCAAGAAGGAGUUCGACAAGAAGUACAAUCCCACAUGGCAUUGCAUCGUCGGGCGUAACUUUGGCUCGUACGUGACGCACGAGACGCGCCAUUUUAUCUACUUCUACCUGGGCCAGGUGGCGAUUCUGCUCUUUAAGAGCGGAUAGACUGCGAUGGCGUCGUCGACGGCGGUGUGCCACGACCAGAUGAACAUCAAUAAGACACACACACACACACACACACCCACCUCCGAAAUUUCGACAAGAUGAACUUGGCUUAUUUUUUCUCAAAUUUUCAACUCUUCAAAUGCGGCACGUGCAGCAUACACACACACACAUCCUAUUCUCUUUCAACCCGACCAAACACUAGAUAAAUCAAAUCCUAUUCCCGAUGAACGCAUCUCAUGAAUAAUAAAAACAGAGACAUUUUUAACCAUUUCGCUCCUCCUUUCCUCUCUCCGUUGUUGCUGUGUAUGUACAAUGUGGUUUUAUUUAAGUUAACGCUCAAUGUUUUGCUCACCGAGACACACACACACGCCCAGAGGUUGAAAACGUUUUGACAGUACUGAUGUCAAACUAACUUUAUAAAAGAAAGAAACGAUUCUUUGAUUGCAGUUGAUUGAAAAUUUCCGAGUUUAGUUUGUACAAAUGCCACGGUGGUGUGUUGAGUUUCUGUAACUAACUCUUACUCUAACUACUUAACGUUACAAAUUUCAAUUUAGAACGAUGAUUCUGAAGAAGCAAGCGCACUGUUAUAAUAGUUUUCUUUUUGUUAUUAACGUGGAGAUGGAUUUGUUAACCGAUUGCGGCGGCGCACUUAAUACGCGUGCGGGGACAUGAGAUGAGAAUUAAUUCUUAGUUUAUUAUAUGAUUAUUAUUAUUAAAAUGCAGCGAACGCAGAAUGUGGUUCUGACUCUGUGAGAGGAUCUAUGAAUAUAUUUGAUUAGCCCAAGACGACUAAUGGUCGAGAAUGUAUGAGUGUGCGCGCGUGUUUAAACAAACAAAUGUAUUAACUCUCUCGCCUACUUUCACUUAACGUAUUUUGGACAAGACAAUUCUGAAGCGCCCCCAUGAAUAUUACUCCGAUUUGCAUUUCCGAACACGUGAAUCUCGAAAUGAAACAUUGAUUAAUAACUGAAUAUUAAUAUGAAAUAUGAAUGUUAACCAUA